AUGAUGUCCGAUCAGACAGCAUCAGACAAUAUUCAAGCAUCCAGACCUCGUCCAACGUCUAUCAACCUAUCUUCAUUGCCUCCAACCAUCGAUUUCCAUCAUCGUCAUCAACCACAAUUUGAACUCAUCGUAAUCUUGGACAAUUAUGACAUCUACAUACACAUGGAGGGUCAUGUAAAUAUUGUCCAGGAGCUUCUUUCACGUGGUGCCAAUGUUAAUGCAGCAACGAAGAAAGGAAACACAGCUCUUCAUAUUGCAUCAUUGGCGGGCCAAGAAGAAGUUGUUAAAACUUUAAUUAAACACAAUGCGAAUAUCAAUUGUCAAUCACAAAAUGGAUUCUCUCCUUUGUACAUGGCUGCACAAGAGAAUCAUAUUGAAGUAGUUAAAUUUCUGCUCGCUAAUGGCGCUAAUCAAAGUCUAGCAACUGAGGAUGGAUUUACGCCCUUAGCUGUUAGUCUUCAGCAAGGACAUGAUAAAGUGGUUGCUAUACUUCUGGAAAAUGACUCGAAAGGUUCGAAAGUUCGUCUACCAGCAUUGCAUAUUGCAGCGAAGAAGAAUGAUACAAAAGCUGCCGCUUUAUUAUUACAAGGCGAUAAUCAACCCGAUCUUAAUUAUAAGGGAGGAGGCUUUGUUAAUUGUACAACAAAGUCUGGCUUUACUCCAUUGCAUAUCGCGGCACAUUAUGGAAAUUUCGAAGUAGCGCAAUUGUUGAUUACUCGUGGCGCAGACGUCAAUUAUGCUGCUAGUCAAAACAUUACACCAUUACAUGUCGCAUCGAAAUGGGGAAAAGAUAAAUUAGUUCGAUUACUACUUGAAAAAGGUGCACAAAUUGAUGUUAAAACAAAGGAUGGACUGACACCUUUGCAUUGUGCUGCGCGAUCCGGUCAUGAUCAAGUUGUUGAUAUAUUACUUGAAAAUGGUGCUCCAUUUGGUGCAAAAACAAAAAACGGUCUCUCGGCUCUUCAUAUGGCUGCCCAAGGCGAUCAUGUUGAUGCAGCACGUAUUUUACUCUAUUACAAAUCUACUCUUGUCGAUGACGUUAGUUCGGAUUAUCUUUCACCACUACAUGUUGCUUCUCAUUGUGGCAAUUACAAUGUUGCUAAGCUUCUCUGCGAACGACGUGCAGAUGUGAAUGCCAAAGCACUAAACGGUUUUUCAUGUUUACAUAUUGCAUGCAAGAAAAAUCGUUUGAAAUUAGUCGAAUUAUUGAUUGCAAAUGGCGUUGACAUCGAAGCGAAAACAGAAUCUGGUUUAACAAGUCUUCACGUUGCUGCAUUCGUCGGCAGCCAUGAUAUUGUUGUUUAUCUGUUGCAACAUGGUGCAAAUAUCAAUGCAACAACAAUCCGAGGCGAAACACCAUUACAUUUAGCAACACGAAAUAAUCAAAUAGAAGUCGUUGAAACACUACUUCGCUAUGGUGCAUUAGUCGAUACAAAAGCUAAAGAAGCACAAACAUGUUUACAUUUAGCAACACGUUUAGGAAAUGUUGAAAUUGUCAAAUUAUUAUUACGUGCAAACACACAAGUGGACAGUACGACUAAAGAUGGGUAUUCGAGUUUACACAUCGCAGCGAAAGAAGGACAUGAUGAAAUUGCUCAACUGUUGAUUGAUCAUGGAGCGAACUUGAAUCUGUUUACAAAGCGUAACUUUUCUGCUUUACACAUUUGUGCCAAAUAUGGCAAUCUCAAAGUUGCCAAUCUUCUUCUCCAAAAAGGAGCAACUGCAGACAUACAAGGCAAAAAUGAUCUAACACCAUUACAUUGUGCUGUUCAUUAUAAUCAUGAAAAUAUAGCUCUACUUUUAUUGCAACAUGCUGCAAGUCCACAUGUAACAGCGCGCAAUGGUUACACACCAUUACAUAUCGCGGCGAAGAAAAAUGCGAAGGCUAUUUCUGAAACAUUGCUAGAAUACAAUGCGAAUACCAAUGCUCAGUCAACAGGUGGUUUUACACCAUUACAUUUGAGUUGUCAAGAUGGUCACCUGCCUGUGACAACGCUUCUUCUGGAAAAUCAAGCAAAUCCGAACGUUGGAUCGAAAAGUCAACUGACACCAUUACACUUAUGUGCGCAAGAAGAUCGAGUUCAAUGUGCUGAAGCAUUAAUCCGUAAAAAUGCCGACAUUAAUGCUCAAACACUUACUGGUUAUACAAGUUUACAUGUUGCUUGCCAUUUUGGUCAUAUCAAUAUGGUUCGAUAUUUACUUAAACUCGGUGCCAACGUUAAUGCAGAAACAAAUCUCAUGUUCACACCACUUCAUUCAGCUGCUCAACAAGGACAUGUUAUGAUUGUUAAAUUAUUACUUGAACAUGGUGCUUUGCCAAAUAAAACAAACAAACAUGGAAUGACUGCGCUAUCCAUUGCACAACGUCUUGGUUACAUAUCCGUUGUCGAAGAACUCAAAGGUGUUACUGAAGCAACUCUUGUGAGUAAACAAGACGCAUCAAGCGAAGAGCGUUAUAAGAUUCAAGCGCCGGAAGUCUCUCAUGAAGAACAUCCAGUCACAGAUUCUGAUGAUGAAGCAGAAGAUAGGAAAACAGAUGAAGAUGAUAUUGUCUAUCCUGAACUCGGAUAUUUUGAUAUGCCGAGAGCCGUAAACAAUUUAAAGUCUCAACAAAAAACGACUCAAGACAUGCUUGGUGAUGCUAGUUCAAAUGUGCAUAUGCAAUACUUACGCGAAGGUGUUCUCAUGAAUGAAACCGAAGAGAAUAAACUUCAUCCAACAUCAUUUGUUAAAGAAGAUUCCGAAUAUCCAGCAUUAGCAACAAAAGAUAAUUGGAAUGAAAGUCGAGAUAAUCUUCUCGAUCAUUCACAAACGCCAAUAAAAGUUUCUCAAACAAUGCCUGCCGAUAAUGAGAUGAUUAGUCGACCACGACAUGGAGGGGAUCGUUUUUAUUAUCGAUCAUUUUUGGUGAGCUUUUUGGUCGAUGCUCGUGGUGGUGCUAUGCGUGGAUGUCGACAUUCGGGUGUACGGGUUAUUAUUCCACCCAAACGUGCCAGUAUGCCGACAAGAAUUACAUGUCGAUUCGUCAAACGUGAUAAACUAGUCGUACCUCCACCGAUUAACGAAGGGGAAGCAUUAGCAGCAAGAGUUUUGGAAGUUGGACCUGUGAAUUGCAAAUUUCUUGGGCCUGUCAUUCUUGAAAUUCCUCACUUUGCUUCAUUACGAAAUCAUGAACGCGAAAUUAUCGUCCUACGAAGUGAUAACGGUGAAAAAUGGACAGAACAUACGGGUCCAAUCACAGAUGAAGCUGUGCGUGAAACACUUGGUGAUGCUUUCGAAUCCGAAGGACUCGAAUCUACUGAGCAACUCAAUUCACGUCGAAUAACUCGUAUUAUCACUAACGAUUUUCCGCGUUAUUUUGCAUUGAUAUCACGACUACAUCAGGAAUCGCAUUUUGUCGAUGAGCGUGGUGGUCUCUUAACAUCAACAAUAAUUCCAUCAUGUCAAGCUCAUGUACCUGAAAAAGCUUUACAAAAACGCAUUCGUGUCUCACUUCACGUUUUACCGAUUUCCUCGCAAACGAUUCAACAUGUCUACGGAUCACGUGUCAACGUUAGCCCUGUCGUCACAGUCGAGCCACGUCGAAGAAAAUUUCACAAACCAAUUACCGUAACAAUUCCAUUGCCAACGAAAGCAAACAAGCAAGGUACUUCGAAAGAUGCACAGCAUGGCAAUGCAUACACCAGUGAUUCUCAAACAUUACGAUUAUUAUGCAGCAUUACGGGUGGUACACAUGCCGCACAGUUCGACGAUAUCACAGGACACACCCCAUUGACAUUCUCCAACGACUGUGCGACGUUUACAACAACAGUUUCAGCCAGAUUUUGGCUAAUCGAUGCGCAAGGUGUACCUGACGUUCUAAAACUAGCUCAUGAAAUCUAUCGCGAAGCGUCUGCCGUCCCGUAUAUGUCUCGUUUUGUUGUUUUUGCAAAACGAAAUGAUCCCAAUGAAGCAUUAGCACGUCUUUUCUGUAUCACCGACGAUAAAGAAAACAAAACAUUAGAAAUGCAAGAACAUUUCAUUGAAAUCGCCAAAUCCAGGGAAGUGGAAGUUGUUAACGGAAAUACGAUCUAUUUGGAUUUGCAAUCGACUAAUUUACAAACAAUUACAAAAACGAAUGAACAAUUAACAUUUACAUUUCGAGCAUUUCGAGAAAAUCGUUUGCCGUGUGUUAUUCGAAUACGUGAUCAGCAACAAGAACCAUCGGGACGUGUUGUUUUCUCUAAAGAUAAUGGAAAGUUAACACCUAUCCCAAGAACAUCAUCAGUCACAAUGACAAAUGGUCAUGCACCAUCGAACACUGCUGUUGAUCCACAAACACUACAACCGAUCUGCAAUUUGAAUAUCAUCCUACCAUCUUAUGAUAAGGAUGCACUUGGACACGAGGAACGCCUUCGAAAUCUUCAUUCUGUUGAUCGUGAACCACGUUCAGAAAGUUGGCGAUCUGAUGACAUGUAUCGAAAAGGUGAAAUUCGUCUAACUGACAUCGCGAAAUCACUUGGCUCAGAAUGGCCAACACUUGCUGCUGAACUCGAACUUACUGAAGAAGAAGUGACAAAAUUGAUGGAUGAAUAUGGACAAAAUGCUGCUUUGCAUAUGUUACGUUACUGGCUUAAAUCACGCGGCACUGAUGCAACAGGUAACUGCCUUCAACAAGCUUUACGUAAAAUUGGUAAAGAAAAUAUUGUGCACAAUUGUGUCUUUAACAUCGAAUGGGUAACUGAUGCCGCCGAGAAAGAAGUUGCUAAAGCUCGUUUAACAAGUCGCGGUGGCAGUAUUGAAGGAUCAGGAUAUGGUGGACGUCGCUUUGAUGAAGGCUUUGAAAGUGAUGAAGAAUAUGAACGCCGUCGUUAUGGAAGAUCUAGUGAACGUGAUGCUCCCUUACAUUUUGUUGAUUCAAGUAAAGCACCAACACCAGCAUCACGUUAUGGUGGCUAUUAUUCCAUCUAUCAACCAUUUAGCAAAUCAGGAUCGAUGACACCAUUGAGUUGUUACGCUCAUCCGUUCGAACUGACACAUCUUGAAAGUCUCAGAGACAAAUUGAAUCGUCUGACACGUGAUAAAGCUGAUCAUGAUGAUUCGACAGGAAAACGACGAAGCGCAGAUAUUGGCGAAGGACGCAUCACACCAUUAUCACCACCUUACGCAAAGGCCAGACCACCAGUUCAACGACACGAUGACAUUAGUGUCGUUCAUAUAGCUAAGGAACCAACGCCAAUCUUAACAGAAAAUGAACCAUUAUCAAAACCUGUUCCGCCUGUUAUGGAUACUAUCGUUCAACAAACUUAUGUUUCUCCAGCUAAAUUGGAUCUCAACAAAUUAGAUGAAGAUGUGUUACAAGCACAAACGACAGUAACAGCAACCGAGCAGUUAGCUGAACAAACAGCUCAAUUACUUGAUGAUAUUCCACCUACACGUGCUGUGUCCGCUCAAGCAGCACCUGCCGUGGGUGAACGCUUGAUAAAAUCGAAAAUAAUACCCGAUCAAGCACGUGCAUUAGCACAUGCAUUGAAACAUGCUGUUGUGAAACCAUUGAAAAAGUCGAUGAUGACAAAAAAGAAAUCCGUUGAUAUAAGUAACAACGAACUACAAGCAGCACAGGCAAUAUCGAUUCGAUCAGCGAAUGUAAAUGAGACUUCCGAACCAUUACUAGCCGAAGCCCCUGUUGAUUCAACUGAAUCAACUACUUCUCUUCCAUUAACACCACCGCCAGCUAAACCACCUCGCCAUGGCGAUGAAUCAGGUUCAUCCUCAUCUACUGAGAUUAGUUCACCACCUGCAAAACCGCCAAGACAUUUCUCUUUGUAUGGUGCUAGUAGUAGUAAUAAUAAUAAUAAUAAUAAUAAUAAUAAUAACAGUACCGAUCCUACACUCAUUCAACAAACUGAUAAUGUCGUAAAGAAAGUUCUAAAUCUUGUCGAUACAUUUGGUAUUAUAUCUGAAAAUGACACGGACAUGAAUAUUCUUCGACAAGCAUCUGCUCCGCCGAUUUACAUUCAACAGCCGUCAAACAGUAACGAACUGAACGAUGAAAAACUCGUUCUUAACGAAACUGUAGAACCAUUCACUGUUGAUCCAGCAAGAGUCACUCUAAUCACGGAUUCACCAGUGAUAACAAAAUCGAUCAGUGAACCAUUGAGUAUCACAUCUACGACAUCAAAUGAUGUAACCGAACAGUCAUCUGAACUACCUUCAGCACCAAACGAAAUUACAGAAUUUGCAAAACACAUGACUGAGAAUAUUUUGCAGCAAGCCGAAAAAGCAUUUGAAAAACAUGAUCAAACUACAAAUAAUCUCAAUUCAAGUGCAAAUAACAAACAACAAGCAUUACCAAUAAAAGUUUCAGUACAAACAUCCUCAACAAGUAAACUACCGCGUGACGAUCCACCGACAUUACCUGAGACUACGUCGGCAUCGGAUGAGUCCUCUGCUUCACCGAUAACACGUCCGCUAACACUCGUUUCAGUUGACUCAGGUUCGAAUACCACGAAAACCGCUUCACCCUUACUCGAUAUUGUGACAACGAAAUCAACUCCAAAAAUAACAACCUCUGUGACUGUUAUCAGUCCACCACAGCCUGAACUAACAUCAUCGACAACAAAUCUGCAAUCGGACGAAGAAGAACUUUCCACAAGUACUUCAACGCUAAUGCCUAACAGUGUAACGUCCGAUCGUUCAAAAACUUUACUGACCAGUAGUAAGGAGAGUAGCGUUGACUCAAAUGACAUUAGUCCGUUCGAUACACCCAUCGCGCAACAGUUGAAUACAGGUAGUGCAACACCCGCACGUUCACUACUAUCUGAUUAUGAUAAUUUACAUGGUUCAUAUGGAAGUCUCAAUGACGAUACACAACAUCCAUUUCCUCCGGUACUUCCGCCAUCGUUAACCACUUCGGAAACAGCUACAUCGGUUGCACCAACAAGUGCAUCGUCUAUAUCGACAAUAUACGAAACCGCAGAUACGUCACAAGCAUCGUCAUCAACAGCUACCUACGUGACCGCUCAAGGUGCUAAUACGAACGUUACUUCGAGUAAUUCAACAUUGUCUGCAGCGCGUAUGAAUUCAGAUAUAAGCGAUGAAGAUCUUGUUGAAUCAUAUGAUGUCGAAAUGCCGGUAUUAACAUCGACCGAACCAUUUCGAUCGCCCGAAGACCAUCUGGAGAGCAGUACCAGUGCUACUGAGCAAUCAACAACUACUUCGAAUAAAGAAGUUCAAGAUGAAUCGAGAACUUCAUAA